AUGGUGGCGGUUCCUAUCUGCACUCCCGCGAUGCAAUACGGCGCAACCGCCGAGAUGCAUCCACUGCCAGCCCCCAUCCCGCCACAGUCACAACAGCAAUGUGUAGUCGCGAUGCUAGUUCCGGCUGGCCAGUUCCCAUAUGCGGCGACACAGCCGUCUAUGAUGUGCCAAGCGGAGAAGUUCGGACCUCAGGUGGCUCUGGGGCCUCCGGUGCCCCAGGAGAUCAUGCACCCGAACGUGCAGAUGACCCCGGUCCUGAAACCUUUCCAUGCACCUGGCGUCGGAAGCAGCACCUGCAGUGAAGAUGAACAUGGUGCCGCUGCGAGAGAGCUGCCAUCUCCUCCCGACACGGCCUCGGAGGCUGAGCACCACGAGGGCCUCGCCAAGCUCAGCACCAGCGCCGCCCGUCGGCUCCGUCGAAAGCGGGCCUCGCAGCGGGCGACGCAGGGCGCCGCACCGAAGCCCUGGGCCGGCACCGGUCCGGUUGCCGUGGGUCGAGUGUG